UAUUGAAGACCAAAAAUGGUGUUUGCAAAUAUUCAACCAAUUAAUGCAUUAUGCAUUUUUAUGUUGACUGACUUUUGUGAUGAGGAACACCUAUUAUUUUAUUAUUAUUUUAUGAACGAGGAACACGUAUUCUUUUAUGUACAUUUGGAAUUAUUAUACAUGAAUAUCCACGCAGGAAGUUUUUAUUUUUAAUUUAUUGUAAAAUUAUCUUGACUUGUAUAAUUUAGGUUGGUCUUUGGAGAAUAUGGAAGAUCACUAUGAAGACAAACCACCAAUGGAGGGUCAGUUUAGUCAUGAAUUGAAAGAGCCACCUACUCUUUUUCGACCAGUGGCACGUGUCAGUGCUUUCAGUGUAUACAAUCCUUUGGAGUGCCAAGAGCCUGCAUCAUCACUGCAGAGGCCGGUUCCGAUGCAAGGUCCUUUGGUUAACGCAUCAAAACUAGAUAUUGAAAUUUUCAAGCUGCUCAAAGCAGAUAAUUGGGAGCAGUCAGUUCCUAGUCAAUGUGGCCAUGGUUGCUGUAGGACACAAAAUGGCAGGAAAUCUCAAAAAUCUUUGUUAGGGCCAGAGUUUGUUGAGUAUUCAGAGCCUCCUUCAUUUCCAAGUUUGGAACUGGCUGCUAUUGCCACAGAUAUAAGUAACCUUGCUUGGCUUAAAAGUGGGUUGGAGAAUAGCAGUAUGAGAGCAAUGGGUGGUACAACUGGAAAAAUAUCUCAAAUGCCAGUAAGCUUUUUAAAGAGAGUCGAGUGAGUAAAUAUUUGCAUUUUCAACAGAGAAGUGAUUACUUUAUAGGCAUGAAAACCAACAAACCACUUGCAUCAACCAAGACUGUGAAUGACUGCUCUACUACAAGAUAAAAUUUGGGGUUCAUACACAUGUGAAUGGUCCUAUCCCCUGUUUAGGGACAUGUAAGCAACAGGAAAAUCUAGAUGAAUGGUUAUGAGUCCUAGAAAUGUUUGUAUUUCAGGAUUAGUGUUGUGCAGCCAAGUUAAUAUUUCCUGGCCAAGAAUCAUGGAUAAAGUAAAUUGAAGAAAAAAAAAAAAUUGCAGGAGACUUAAGCAGCUUUUGGCUUUGGUACCAAAUCCUGUUGUCUGGAAUACCUAUGCAAUAAUGGCAAACUAUAUUUUCAUAUUGAAGAGGGUUAAUUUCAUAUGGUGGUGGGAACUCACAGUUCCAUCAAAAUCUCUUAUUUCUUUAUGA